GUCACGCAGAGCAACGUUGGAGGCACAUUUCAACUAAAUAAAAUACAUGUUACUUUUUUGUUGUUUGUUUUUCAUCUUUUCGUCCGAGGCGGAUGUUAUAUUUUUCAGGCAUGCGACCAGUAUAACCGCAGGUCAUCCGGCGUAAGCAGCUGUAGGUGUUCGUCACGACAGCCUCAGCUCAGGCAGAGGGGGAUUAAAGCGUGUACUUGGGAGGAGACACAGGAGAGGCUUUUGCUGUUCUUAAUCUGCACAGGUAGCAAUAGCUACCCUUUUGCAAGACCACCUCAACUUCUUGGUUCUUUCGUGAUGGAUCUUGGAAAGGCAAAGCUGCUUAGAAGUGGACUCAACACUCUACACCAAGCCAUCCACCCUAUACAUGGGAUUGCGUGGACAGAUGGAAAGCAAGUCUGCCUGACGGCUCUCUACUUCCUCAACGGCGAGGUGAAGUUUGGAGACACCAAUGUAAUCGGGCAGUUUGAGCAUGUCUUUGGACUCUUCUGGGGCCCGCUGUGCUGCUCGGACUCUCCUGCUCUCUUGGCUGUCCAGCAUAAGAAGCACGUUACGGUGUGGCAGCUUCAGCUCAGUGCCCUUGAGCAGAACAAGCUGCUGUGCACACAGACCUGUGAGAUGAGCGAGCCCUUCCCUUUGCUUUCCCAAGGCUGUGUCUGGCAUCCUAAGCUGGACAUGCUGGCCGUGCUGACAAAGCGAGACACAUCAGUAUUAUUUUCCGUCAGGGUGGACAACAGGAGAAUCAAAGCAGACAUCAAAGGUAGCGGACUCAUUCAUUGCGCCUGUUGGACUAAGGAUGGCACGCGCCUGGUGGUGGCUAUAGGAAGCGCUCUUCAUUCUUUUAUUUGGAAUGACAUUCAGAAAAGUCUGGUGGCAUGCAGCUUUUGCCCCAUCUUUGACGUAGGGGGGUACAUCUGUGCAAUUGAGGCCACAGGAGAAGCUCAAGUAGCCGUGGCCACAGAGCUACCACUUGAUAAAUUAUGUGGGUUAAACUCCGGCAUCGCUUUUGACCUGCCAAACGAGACUGAAUCCCUCCACAGCCAGGGCUCACACGUGGUUAUGUCAGAGGAUGAUAGCGUUCUGGAUUCAAGGAGGAGGUCAUUUGAGUCAGAGAGAUCAUACAUCCCCAGCUCAGGCCCCCUUGAUCUUACCCAUCUCUUAGCGAGGCACCGUCGCUCAGACCCCAGCCCUCUUAUCCACUUGCGGCGCAGAGACACUAUGACGGGUUCGGGACAGGACAGCUCACACCUCGUUCUGGUUACAUAUGAGCGGAAGGUAACUACCAGCAGGAAGGUCAGCAUUCCAGGAAUUUUGGUACCGGAUAUUGUUUCCUUUGAUCAUCGUGCCUCCACAGUUGCAGUCGCUUCCAAUACCUGCAACAUGGUUCUGGUGUACUGUAUCACAGCCUCUGCUAUGCCCAACAUCCAGCAGAUUUCUCUCCAGCCGAAUGAAAGACCCAAAGGUGUCUGCUUCCUGAGUGACAAAGUGCUGCUGUUGAUGGUGGGCCGGCAGAAGUCUGUUGACCCUGCUUUUCUUCCGUCUUCCAACACGGACAAAUAUAUUCUUCGCCUCAUAGCUAAAGAGCUGAUAUACGAUGGAGGAACAGCUAUCGCACCAUCCCCCUCAGCUAUCAACCAUGAGUCUUCUAAUUUCUGCGCAGGGAUUAGGAGGCACUCAGAGCACCUGUCAAAGGAUGAUAGGGAGCGCCCAGGGAUAAAAGAUUUGGUGCUGCCUGGAAGAGGGGUAAUUUGCUCACCAGGGAACAGACGGAGGCUGGUGGAAGAGGUCAGGAGCAACGAACAAAGCCCCAUCACCAGCUCGGUGGACUUCUCUGAGCGCCCUGAAAGAGCCUCUUCCAGAAACUCUUCCAUUGCAGCGGAGAACUUUGACAUGGACCACGUCAGUCGGAUGGCCAGCCUGGCAGUAGGAGGCCAGGCCAGCAGAGACUCCAGCCGGUCCAGUUCCCCUCGCUUCGAGCAAUCAGAGAAGAUCCACUCAGAGCCACCGACCCUGCCUAUGCCUGAGAAAACAUCCGGACAGACAAGGGAGCACUCCCUGGAGCAGCUGGUUCACAACAUGGAAAAACUUUUUACACGUUUCGGAGAUGUGCAGCGGUGCCUGACGGAAAUCGGGGAUUAUACACAGAACGGCAAGAAGGCCCAAACAGCCUAUCCCAACGCAGCCGAUCCACCUUAUAUCAAUGUGACAUGCCAGAAGCAGUUGUCAGAGAAUGUGUUCAUUGAUGAGAGGAGGCCAGUGCUCCUGUGUGAAGGAAAGCUGUGUCUACGAGUCGUACAAGACCUUUUCAACCUUACAAUAGUGGAGAUGAUGUACGGACCAUUGUGGAUCGUGCUUGUGGCGGAUUCUGAUGGCUUUGUGCCUCUGACGUUCAAGCCCAAAGAUGAACUGACCGUGCGGAAUGGGAAGAGGAAAUCGAAUCUGCGGACUCCCGCAAGUCCGGAAAAUUCCUGCCCAUCCAGUCCAGCCCCCAUCCAAAGCCCUACGACAACAGCAGAGGCCAACACAUACUAGUUCCUGACAGACUGUGCAGGUUCACACAGGAGCGUUUCAUUUUGACUUUCCUAUUUACAAUCUCAAUGCCACAGAAAACCACUGUUCAUACUUUACCUGUCCUUUCAGAUGGUAUAUUUAUAUGCUGCUUCAGUAAAAUGA